ACACACACAUCUAACUAGCCAACACAGUCAAAGCAAAACAUGGCACAUUUUGCUUAUACCAGCACCACCGCUAUUGUUUCUUUCCUCAUCCUCCUCCUUGUUCCACAUUCUUACUCUUCUGGUGCUGUUCCAGAUUCAGAUGUUGAUCUCUUGGAGUUUCCUCUGAACCUUGAGUACUUGGAAGCUGAGUUCUUCCUAUAUGGCUCUUUGGGUUUUGGCUUGGAUAGAGUUGCUCCAAACUUGACGUCCGGUGGUCCAAAACCCAUUGGUGCUAGGAAGGCCAUGUUAGACCCUUCCACUAGGGAUGUGAUCGAACAAUUUGCAUGGCAAGAAGUUGGACAUUUGAGAGCUAUUAAAAGGACAGUGAAAGGGUUCCCAAGGCCACAGUUGGAUUUAAGUGCAAAAUCAUUUGCAAAGGUGUUUGAUCUUGCAUUUGGACGUCCUUUGAAGCCACCAUUUGAUCCUUAUGCCAAUAGCUUGAACUAUCUCCUUGCAUCCUAUUUGAUCCCUUAUGUUGGUCUUACUGGUUAUGUUGGAGCAAACCCCAAACUCCAAGGCCCUACUUCCAAAAGGCUUGUUGCAGGUCUUUUAGGUGUGGAAUCAGGACAAGAUGCAGUGAUUAGAACAAUGCUGUAUAGGCAGGCUCUGGUGAGAGUGCACCCAUAUGGUAUAACAGUAGCUGAGUUCACAAAUCGGCUUUCUGAUCUGAGGAACAAGCUGGGACAGAUGGGUUUGAAAGAUGAAGGCCUUCUGAUUCCAAAAUAUAAAGGAGCUGAGGGAAAAAUCAGGGGCAAUGUUCUUGCUGGAGACUCAUAUUCAGUUGCAUAUGACAGGACACCGGAGGAGAUACUAAGGAUUGUAUAUGGAUCGGGUGAUGAACGUGCCCCGGGGGGUUUCUAUCCGAAAGGAGCUGAUGGUCGUAUUGCCAAAUCUCAUCUACGUUCUGAAUAGAACUUGAAGAAAUAGUACCAGUUCAUAUGUAGUUUACCUUGUGUAGACAGUUUGUUCAUUCUCCAGAGAGAAAUAAAUGUUCCUAUUGAUUAUGAUCAAGGAAUUUGUCUCCAGCUUC